CUUCAAACACCAGGAACAAUACUUCUACAUGUUCACGCACCACCAGGCUAAUGACACGUCAACAGGCUGAGUCAGAGGCCCAAGAGGCAAGGCUUAGUCGAAGCCAAAAUCGUCUUCCUCUAGCGUCACUGUCUCUCAAUAUUAGAGCUCGAUUUGCUGGACCCAACCACCAGGAGAACGUGUCAAGAAUUAGAAUAAGAGUGCCCGAUUCCUUAUCUCCAGAACCGGAGCCCCAUACCCAUGCCUCUAAUACUUCAAGUGGAGAAUCAGUGAGGCGAGGAUCUGCUAGAGAGUCUCAUCAGACUAAUGCAGCAGGCUCUUCACGAGGGGUAUAUAAGGGAAAGCGUUCUAGAGAGGAUUAUUCAGGAUCUGUUGAGAGUUCUUCAUCUUCACCGUUUAACAAGAAGAGUAGAUUGUUGAAAGGACAAGAUUGUAAAUGUGCGAAUGAAUUUAAGCUAGUUUUGCAUUAUCUCCGAGACGAGGUCAUUUUCGAGCAAGGAAAGACUAUAAAUGUUCUUUCAAUGAGGUUACAAGAAUUAGAAGCUAAGCAUGCCUCUGGGUCAAGUCCUUUGACUAAGAAUAAGGGGAAGGCAAAAAGCCGAGAAUAGCAGAAUGGUUUUUUAACCAAAACUUUGAUUGUAUGAUUCG